AGUAGAGAAAAGAAAGCGCGCGCGCGCGCACACUAUAAUAGAAUAGUCGUUUUUCGUUCCUGGAAAUGUAAACCCUUGGUACCCAUUUCCCCCGAGUCCUGAAGAAGCUACUACGCGAUGAAGGACUAAACAUAGAAUGAAGAAACAUUGUAUGUUGAAACCUCUAUCAACAACCCUAAUCCAAAUAUCCCACGCUCCGAUCACCUCUUUCACUACGCGCCGCCGCGCCCUCUCUUCCUCUUCCUCUUCCUCUUCCUCUUCCUUCGCGCUCAAGAAUGUUACCAAAUCGAACUUCGAAUCAGCUCUCAAUGACCUACGAGGUCUUGUACGCGACGCCGAUUUCGUCGCCGUCGAUUUGGAAAUGACCGGAGUAACCAGCGCUCCUUGGAGAGAUUCCUUCGACUUCGACCGAUAUGAUAUUCGUUACCUCAAAGUUAAGGACUCCGCCGAGAAGUUCGCCGUCGUUCAGUUCGGCGUUUGUCCUUUCCGUUGGGACUCUCACAAGCAAUCCUUUCUCGCGCAUCCACAUAACUUUUAUAUAUUCCCACGGCAAGAAAUCCCUGGUAGCAACCAAUCCUAUGAGUUCCUUUGCCAGACAGCCUCACUUGAUUUCCUGGCAAAAUACCAGUUUGAUUUCAAUGUGUGCAUACGUGAAGGAGUCUCUUAUUUAUCCAGAAGCCAAGAAGAGGAAGCACUGGAACGUAUAAGUUCAACAUUCAUGGAUGAAUCAUCGGAUUCCGUGUAUGGCUUGAGAGAAGAUGCAGAGUUUCCAUUGAUUAGGAUGGCAGAUGUUCUAUUUGCUGAAAGAAUGAAGAACACAAUAAGGGAAUGGCAUGCUAGUUUGUUAAGUAAGGGAAGCAGUAGCUCUGAAAUUAAACAAAUGUCAACUGAUCCAAACCAGAGAUUUCAAAUGGUUUUCUUCAAGACCCGUCCAGCCCUUGCCCUUAGUGGGUUUACUUCUCGCCAGCUAAGGGUGAUUAAAUCGGUCACUAAAAAGCAUUUCAAAGAUCUAUCCUAUAUCAGAGUAGCUGGCGAAGCAACAUCUCCGCAGCAAUUGAUUGUCUAUACAGAUUCCAAUGAUGACAAGGAUCUACUGAUGAAAGAGGUGAAGGAAGGCCUUCGUAAAGAAGCAGAAAUAAAGGUCAAAUCUGCUGUUGGAUUUCGACAUGUUAUUGAUCUUCUUUCCUCGGAGCGGAAGUUGAUUGUCGGACACAAUUGCUUUCUUGAUAUGGCGCAUAUAUACAGUAAAUUCAUUGGUCCACUACCUUUGACCGUGGAGGACUAUGUGUCUUCCAUUCAGAAGUACUUUCCUUGCAUAAUUGACACCAAAAUACUCUUGAAUGCAAACGGUGUUUUUCAACAGAGAGUGAAUAAAAGCAGCACAUCACUAUCCAGAGCGUUUGUCUCUAUCUGUCCUCAAAUUGCAUUAGGUGUCAAAACUUCUGGUUUGGCUGAUAGACCGUGUGUAGAAGUGGAGGUUCAAGUUGAUGAAAACAGAUUCUUGAACUGGAACUCAGGGGCCAAGCAUGAAGCUGGCUAUGAUGCAUUUAUGACUGGAUGCAUUUUUGCACAGGCGUGCAAUCAUCUAGGCAUUGAUUUCACCCUCCAUGUGCUUGCUGGAGGUUUACCCAAGCAGACAAAGCUUCAGAAUUAUAUCAAUCGCCUUUACCUUAGCUGGGUUAGUGGAGACAUCAUUGAUCUAAGUACUGGGAAAUGUACAACAGACACCUCAGCUUCUAGUAACCUCAAAAGUCGGUACCAGGAGAUUUCAUUUCCUAGCAUCGUUUUGUUGUGGGGAUUACCAUCUAAACUAAAAGCAAGGGAGAUCAAAGCUUGUAUAGUAAAAGUCUUUGGCCCAAAUUCUAUUUCCUCUAUCUACCAUUUGGAUGAAAGCGCCGUCUUUAUUCAGUUUAGCAAGCCAGAAAUGGUUUCUAAGUUUCUGGAAAUAAAGGAAACUCUAAGUAAGAACAGCGAUCCAAUUUCAGUGUUGCAUCCUCUUUCGGAUAUUCUGAACGCCGACUGCACUCACGCAGCUAACUAUGAUGUGUAUCAACAAAUAUGCAGUUCACCCAUCUCAAAGAAAUUAUUUGCAGAUCAGGCUGAAGCUGUUGGUAUCAAACACAAAACAGCAUCAUCCAGGGCAGAAGGGAAAAAAAAGGGAAACCAGGUAUUUGGCAAAGAAAACGAAGUUAGGGUGUUUGAUAAGAAAGUAGAUGAUAUGAUGAGUUCAUCGUAUGGUUAUUCUGAAACGGAUAGAUCUGCCGAUUCUUUUCAUCUAGAUGAAGCUCUGGCAAGCAAAUAGAUUGUUUUCGUAAAUUUUUAGGCCCAAAUUCAUGUAUAUCUAGAUCAUUGUUGGCCAGAUGUAGAGAUCUGUUUUUCCGGAUCCCUACAGCUUCAUAGUGCUGUAUUUUUGCUGAUAAAUUCUGUAACAUAAUAGUGAGGUUGUAAUGUAGAUGUUGAAGAGCUACCUGUUAAGAAAAAAGCGAUAUUAUCAAAAAAGCUAAAGAUCAAUUUGUCAUUUUAAUGCUUCUUCA